GAUGGUAAAGGAUGGGCUCAAGGGCUGCAUGAGAGAAUCUCAGUGGGAACCAUCAACGAAUGGUCUCGAUGCCUUCACUUCAGCUUGCCGUGGUUUGCCUGUUAUGGCCUCGAUCCGAAUACGUGAAGUUCGGUUUCAGACUCAAAGUGGUUCCGACCUUGAAUCGGAGUUUGAAUACUUUCUCAAUCUCCAAGCUGCACCUAAGGAUCUCAAUGAGGAGUACUUACGAAUAAUGCGACGAGCCUUUAGGCCCCAUCUCUCGAGAAUCCGUCCACACAUUGAGAAGAAUUAUCGCGAAGUAGUCGGGAUGGUCGUUGCUGCACGUGCACCGCUCAGUGUUCACAGCAUGUCACAUCUCCUAGGAAUUGCCAAGGGAAAAAUCCAUGGGAUACUGAAUCCCAUCAGCUCGAUAAUUGACGUCCCUUCAAACAAUGCAAAAGUCAAAUUUUAUCAUGCAACAGCGAAGGAAUUCAUCACUGGAGCACCCAUCGGCGAUGACGAAGACAAGGUCUUCUUUAUCAAUGAUCCGAAAGGAUACCUCCUCGGAUUACCACUCCUUCGAUAUGUGAAUAAUGCUAUUCAAAGGAACGAAAUUGGGUUGCCCACCGAACUCCCUUUGGGAGAUAAAAAGAAGUGGGAUACUUUUUUGAUGAAAGGGCAACCCGACUGCGUCAUGUAUUCAUUCGAGUGGUUGUUUUCCCACUUGAAUCCUGCACUACUCUUUUCUGAAGGGCCUAAUGAAUUGCAAGGAGAGUUUGAACGACUCCUGAUGAAAAACUUAUUCUCGUUCUUGAUUGCUUCUCGGGCUUGGUGGCAAAAACACGAGACGCUCUGGAAAAGAUGGUGUGAUUUGGAUGAAGUCACCAACCACAAAUGGAUUAAGCUGCUAAACGAAGCUUGCGGAUUGAUUGAGUACCGUCUUGAUCCUUGGGAUCUUUAUCGAUCAGGCCUUCCAUUCACUCCAUCAUCAUCACAUCUCCAUCAAGUGUAUGGGGAUCUCUCCGACCCUGUUCGAAUCUUCAGCGUAUCUGGCGAGUUUUCUGGUGGCUUGAUCCCAUUGAGCAAGGAUGCACAUAGGGCUAAGGAGGCCAUGGAAGCAAAGCUGACCGAGCUGCCUAAGAAGUUUGGUAAAUAUGGCAACGAAGAAACUAAUUUCGAAGCCGAGUUCGCUAAACCUGAUGUUCACAACGGGGUUGUGACCUGUGCGGCGAUAUCUCAAGAUGGUUCUCAUGUCGCCCUUGGUUUUGGAAGUGGGGGUAUUGAAGUUGCGGACAUCGACCAUCAGCGUACAAUCUCUCGCUUCCAAUGCAAUCCUCCCAAGCCCCCAGUUUGGAUAGAGUUUAUUUGUGGAGGCAAUGUUCAGAUUGCCACCGAGGACACUGAUGGAAACAUCUCCAUUCUGAGUCAUGACACGUGUUUGGUGUCUCUUGGGGCCCUUCCUAUAAGUCGUCACCGUGCUAUAACUGCAUUGUCAAGCAACGGAUGUUUUAUCAUGCGAGUCCCUCGAAAUCAAGAUGAGAAUUGGUACGGAAACGUGGCACUCUUAUAUUUUUCAGGAGAGCCAUCUACUCGGCUUCUUGCAUCUCCUGCCGCUUCCGAUCCUCAGUCUCCUCAACCCGAUUACCAGUUAUCCUCUCCUCCACGUCACACAGCUGGAUUCUCUCCUGGAGGCCGAUAUGCAGGCGCUUUCGACAUGAACUGCGCUUUCGUCUGGUCAAUGGAUACAUAUGAGGUGAUCGCUCAAUAUCGUGUGCAAGAUUUCAGAUUUUGGGUGUUCAAUACCGGCCGUGUACCUCCUCUCUCAUAUCUCAUUCCUACGCCUGUACUUGAUGACCAUGUCGUUCAUUCGAUUCCGGCAACUCAUGUACAAGGUUCCGAGCCAGAUCCCAGACAUAACGCCGAUGAAUCCUGGCUGAAGUGCCCCUUUUAUGACCUCUCGCCAAACAUGGGGGAAAACUUCGGGGAAAAAGAGGACGCUAUGCUCUUCUCCCCAGUGAUAGGGGAGGCACCAUUAAUUAUUAGUGGCGGCCUCGGUACCUAUGGUGCCCAG